AACAACUUUUACAGUCACACACACACUCUGCAGUACCUCUACACUGCCUUCACAACAGGAAGAAAUGUCACUGCUGUAGGUCUGGUGGAUGGAGAGCAGUUUGUGUCCUACGACAGCAACAUCAAGAAGCUGAUCCCAAAGACAGAGUGGAUACAGAAGGUCGAAGCUGAUGAUCAGCACUUUACAAAAGUGCACCCUAUAUUUUAUUUUGUGCAUAAACCGUGUGUACGCAUGUUUCUAGGCAUUAAAUGGGAUUCAUCAAUUCGUUCCGAGGCAUCACUGUUCCAGAAACACUCGUCAUCUCCAGCGGUGGUGUGUCAUGCUACAGGUUUCUUCCCCAAAGCAGUGAUGAUCUCCUGGCAGAAGGACGGAGAGGACGUGCAGGAGGACGUGGAGCUCAGAGAGACGUUACCCAACCAGGAUGGAAGCUUCCAGAAGAGAAGCAUUCUGACAGUUCCAGCUGAAGAGCUGCAGAAACACACCUACACCUGCGUGAUUCAGCACAGCAGCUUGGAGAAGGAGUUAGUGCUGCCUGUGAGAGGUGGAGGAUCAGAUGGAGGAUCAGAUGGAGGGCAGAAAUGUGUCAUUGCUGCUAUAGUCGUGGUUCCCAUGGUUCUUUUUGCUGUUGCUGCUGGAUUUGUGAUCUGGAAGAAAAGGAAGUCUGGGGAGAGGAAGAAAGAAACAAAAAAUAAGUUCAGCAGAGCAACUGGAGACAUUGAACUUGAACUUGGAUCUUGUCACAUGGACAGAGACGUCAGGAAGGAGCUGGGAUGAUUCAGCAGCCAAUGGACACUUUGCAGUUUGGAAGGAUUGCCCUGGACAUGACCUUAUUCCAUGAAACUUUACAAAAUCCCUUCAAAUAAGGUCAUGAGAUGAGUGAAAGCAGGAGGUAUAAAGAAAUUGGGUUUUAAGUGUACAGGAGGUGUGGGAGUAAGACCAGGAGGAGGAACAGUAGGAGCUGAGGGAGAGCAGAGGGGUGUGUGCGUGUUGUUCACUCAGACAGGUGAACCUGGUCAUGGAGAGAGGCUUUACUACCGGACAUCUUUGUAAGACUGAUGGAACAUCUGCGAUUGUGAGUAUGUAAUGGUGAUCUUUUUUGAAGAAGAUGAUCUUGUCACUGUAACCUUAUAAGUGCAAUUACAGUCAUGGGGAAAAUAAAGUACAAUAAAUAAAAACAUAGAAUUGAUGGACAAUGUACUUUCUUUUUCCAUGGCUGUAUGUGAAAGAAUAUACAAAUUCCUGGAAGUUAUCUGCUUAGAGAAUGUGGCUGUCCUGAUGCUUCAUUGUAUUAUUACUACAGUAUUAUGUACUUCUAUUUAUGCAUUAUGCAUAAUUUUACUAGAUUCCAGGUGGCAGAAAUGUGUUAAUAGGGAAAAUCAUGUAAAUGAGCAACUACAGUGUCCCAAAAGUCUUCAUACACAGGGAACUGUGUUUGCCAGCACUGUGUAGGUUGUGCCUUCGUCAGUGGCUGUCUUUCACUUGGAAGUGGAUGUCACUUCCGGUCUUUUGAAUUUGUUAAUUAAGUUUGGCAACAGUGUUGUGUGUGAUGUGCUUGCUAUGUUUCCUGUUAAAAUCCAUCGCAACCUUCCCGAUCCAGCCAUGAGAAUGAUUUCAGUAUGUUCUUCUUUUGUCAAAGGCAUUCUUAAAGGCUAUCUGAAAAAAAUAAA